CGUGUCCUAUAUAACUAAUCCUCGACGGUUUCGUGUCCACAGCUCUGGCGCAAAGCAAAGAACACUUACACAAUAGUCUCCUUUCCAAAGCAAGUCUCUAUUAUUAAAUGAAUAAUAUUUCCAAAGGCCACGUAGUAUGUGCCUUUAAAACCCUGGCCAAAGAAGCUUUCCUUUGUUCCUUCUCCUGUGGGCCCGCUGAUUAUAGCAGCAAAUGGUCGCUAGGUGGCGCUGUUGCUCCACCAAAAACCUCCAAGUUUUCCAACUUGACCGCGCUGACGUCACGCCAGUCUGAAGCAUCAAGGCCACUUCCACGCUGCUAUUGGUCUGAAAAUCACAUGACAUGUCUCCCAGCAUCCAUAAUUAUGUUACUGAUAUUUUUGCACCCCCCUCCGAAAGAUGUCAGCAUCUUACUGUCCUUAUUCUCCCGGAGAAAUCCCGUAGUUCAGACCAGUGGAACCCAUCAAACGAUCACUGUUGCCAAAUGCAAAAUGUCAUGUCCGAAUAACAUAGCGCCCGGUAAGUUCUUGAUGGAUUCUGUAAUAGGAGGAUCAUCUUCCUUCAGGGGUGAGGGUUAUUCCAGCAGCCCCGGAAUGUACAUCCACACAGCUGCAGAGUACGGAUAUUCAGUGAUGAGAAACAUUGGGAAGGUUGGACCGUCUUCUCUCUCCAAAAGAGACGAGGUUCCUCCGGGCGGCCCGCCGCUCGGCGGCUUCCAGGAUGCGCCCUACCUGUCAGCACAGAUGGCCACAUGGACCCCGGGCUGCAAAACCAGCAGGGAGGAACAACCUGUUGCCCAGUGUUUACAGCCGUGCUCGUUUCCAGCGGGCAACGUCAAAGAGGAGGCGUUUUGUUGCCUCUACCAGGAUGACAGCAAUAAGGGGAAGCAGACAACAGAGCCGGCCACCUACAUCCGGCUUGGGGACAAUAGCUGCCGGCCUGAGCAAACUGCCGCCUCGUCCAGCGACUGCUUCCAUGUGUACAAUGCGGAGAGGCCGCAACAGGACGAGCCGCAGUUCCCCUCCGGUUUCCCUCUGACCCACUUGGCGACAUCUGUUGAAUCAACAACAGAAUCAACAUUACGUUGCAGCCGGUCGGCGCAGGAAGCGGCGCGAGGGCUUUCACAGACUGACGAGACUCAGAGCAGGAAGGAGGAGAAGGCCAAGAGUGACAGCUGCUCAGAGAACUCUGACGGGGAAUCAAAAGAUGAUUUAUCCGCGGGAAAGACGACGGGAAGCUGGUUAAAAGCUAAAAGUGGAAGAAAAAAGCGCUGUCCCUACACAAAGCACCAGACUCUGGAGCUGGAGAAGGAGUUUUUGUUCAACAUGUAUCUGUCUCGGGAGCGCCGCCUGGAGAUCAGUCGGAGUAUCAACCUGACCGACAGACAGGUCAAGAUCUGGUUUCAAAACAGACGCAUGAAGCUCAAGAAGCUCAACAGAGAGAGCCGAGAACGGGAGCAGAGUGCAGUUUACAACUUCUCCUGAAGGAUCUCACCCACGCAGACAGACGUUCAUUUAUGCACCCACAGAUACACAUACACUCACGCAUAGCGGGGAUGGGAACAAAUAUAAUAUACAUGCAUGUGUCAUCUUAUAAUAACUGAAUAGCCAUUUAUUAUUUUUCUCCUUUGUGCGCGCGCACACACACACACACACACACACACACACACACACACACACACACACACACACACACACACACACACACACACACACACACACAGAUGCCGCAACUUGCAACAGCAUUGGAACAAUUAGGGCAAAAUACCUCGACACAAUAUUUAAACUAUAAAAUGAAGCAAACGAACCCUGCACGCGCGCAGGCCACUGUGGAGACGCUUAACGGAUGUUUUGCAGCCUCCUGGUUGGUGUCUGCUGCUGUGUAACAUGCAUGCAUACGAUGAUACUGAGCUCUGUCAUGGCAAACGAUUCCAUAACAAUAAACGGAGGAGGAAACGGAAAGGUAUUACCAACUUUGUCCUUCCCCUGGCAUAGUGUUGAAAAUGAGAGGGAGGGAGAGACACUGCGGAUGAGAGACGGAGAUCAUGGCAGUUUUAAUAGAAGUGAGAGACCAUAACGUUGAUUUAAAUAUUAUCCAGGUGACCACAGUAAGUCGAGGUCAUAAAAUUCUAAUGUCAGGUUCGCCCUGGAAAGCGUUGGGGGUGGAUUUUAUGAUCUGCAAAUAUAAUGUGCUGCAGCAGUAAAGAUGCAUUUAAAGGUGUGCGUGGAGGAGGGCUAAUCCACACAGCAGACACUGCGAUGUGCGGGGUCCAGGCGAGGCGCUGGGCUGCGGGGAGCAGCCGCUUCCCCCCCGGGAUAAUGGAGCUUCAUGGGAGCAGAUGAUAAGAAAGAUGGUGGAUGGGAGCAAAGCGGCGGCUGCAGGAGCAAUAACAACAAGCAUCACGGCAAACACGUGGAUAACUAACGCACCGUGCGGGCGCGUGCAGGACGCAAGUGAAGCCCCCCCUCCCUUUGGCGGCAGUGCAACUGGAUGAGACAGUCUGGAAUCCAAAGUCACUUUCAUUCAGCUCUGUGAAUGAGUGUCUCUCUUGGAAUGCCCCACUAAGACUUUACAGCGCCGAAACAGCCCCGAGAGCUGCAGAGAUGCGCCCUAAAACCAUAUACACAUAAAGCAAUUUAUUCCUCUUUGUAGUGGCCUACAGGAACUGAAACCUGUGGCCAGCCACUCAGGGACAGCUCACGAAGUGUUACUGCCAACGGCUUUUCUCCUGUUUUCACGCGCAUUCUGGUUUUCAUGUGAUACACAGGAACAUGGACAUCAUGGAGUUUUUUAUUAAAUCAAACUUUUAUUACCAGGGAAAUUAACUUUUGUCACUUUCGGGAAAUUUUCAAAAAGGAAAAUAAUUCUAAAUUUGUAAUAUUUCGAUCAUUAACAUUGAAAGGGGACCAUAUGUGUGGCUUGUAAAAACAACUUUUAAAAACAUAUUAACAUUAUUAUUAAUAUCUGAAAUAAUUUUCUCCUAUUGCAUUGAUUUUUUAUUUUUCUCCACAGGGAAGCAACAUUUAUGAUAAAACAAAAAUCUACCUAGACUUUUGGAAAAUGAAAUAAUUUUCAUAGCAGAAAUAUUUUGCUCUUUUAGCUACGAAAGACGUUUUCGUAUCGUUCUUCAGAAACUUAAUCACAGGCCUCACUCAUUUUUAUUGAACAGUGGGCUUCUGAACUUGUACUAUAGAUAUAAACAGUGUAUGUGUGGAUGGUUUUAACCAAAGUGCUAACGUGUAGCUGUAGCCUGUGGUACCGUUAUAGUAGCAAAGAUAAACACGUGGCUGCAUCUCACUGCCUCGGUUGUGCGAUGCUGUUCAGAGGACGAGCCUUUAUAAAUAAAAUUAGAUGUUCAUGAGGAUUUACCGUGUGUAAUAUGACUCGAAUACACAUUGAUAUAAGUCACUAAUUGAUUCAUGCUGCGCCGUGCGUAAAAAGCAAGAUUUAAUUGAAAGCUUUGGGUUGUGUAGUGGUGCAUUUAUCGUGUUUUAUUUAGAGAAAGCACAUUCCCGAAGCUCGCAGCUUAUGGAUAAUACAGCAUCACGUCAGAACCAACACACGUCAGAACAGAUUGUCUCAUGCUUAGAGAAACACUAAACACUUCCGGUUGAGCUACUGUCUGUCGCACAUCCGAGCAAGUUCGAGGUGGUCUACAUUCAAAAGCAAUAUCACCACGGCGCUGCAUUUAAUAUUUUCCUACAGGACUUUUUCAAACUUGGCCUUUUUAUAUGUUUUGUCAGCCAGGGGUGUGUUUGUGAGGGCGGGGCCAUGUGUGGAGGCAUCUUAGAUCUGACAAUAUGUUCCAUUACUCACUACGUUGUAGUCGCGUCAACGUGACAGUACGUGUCUGUCGGUUUAGGGAAGUUACGUUCCCGUGCAUAGCUGAGGUCGUUUGUUUGGUUCAUCAGGAAAUACACAAACUGGUUGCGCUGUUCGCAGCAGAGUCCAAAGUUCAGCCUCACCUGACAGCGAGGAUGAAUCACUGUCAUCUGUCUCUGCAGUUCAUACGCUGAUGUCUGAAGAUUUGGUCUUUUAUUACGUGCAGUUCCGUUGAUUAUCUUAAUUUGCAGUUAUUUUUUUUCUAUGGGGAAUUUGAUAUUGGACUGAAGAUCCGUAAAGUCUUCCCUAGUAAUUUAUACUAUGUGGCGUCAGUGCACCGCGGCACCUCGGUUACACCCAAACGGAGACUCGCCGUGGUGUUUUUGUCCGGUAGCGUCUCCUGAAAUAUAAAAAUUUAAAGCUGUAAUGAAAAAGAUCAAAUCUGAAACAAAAACAACCCUGUCCGCCUCAGCAGAGCUGCUGUAAACAUGCGACAGAGAGCCCAUCGGCAUGUCGCCUGCGUCAUGCUGUCCAAGCAUAUAGUCGUCUAAAAUGGAUUUGUUCUGUUCUUAUGAAUGGAGUGCUUUAUCGAGUAGUAGACAAAAUCUUGGAGGCGGCAUUGUCCUUGAUUGAUCAUCAGUUUCAUGCAUCGUUUCUGAUUAAUUGAACUUUCAUAAACAUUUGAAUCAGUUUGCAUUUGAUGAUUAAACAUAACAUCCAGUACAGACUUGUGUGACGUGAUGCUUCAGAAGCAACUUGGUAAUUUUGUAUUAUAAAAAUAAAAAAAUCUUCACUUUUUCAUUAAACCAUGGACGAUGCUAAAUUAUUAACAGACUGAUAUUUUUAAUGGCUUUUACUUGUGUGUUGUUGCUUUCUGUGCUAAUUGUUAUCUGCUGGUGGUUGUGCGU